AAUUGUGAGAAUUGAAAAACAUGGGUUUCUUUCCCGCAUCUUAUUUAGCUGGUUUAGCHGUCUUGUUGAGUGUCCAACACGGCGUCAGCUACUAUAAUCGUGAAGCAGGACUCCUGUUUGAUGCUUAUCCAAAACAAAAACUCUCUCUUCCAAACGGUGUGGAUGGCGUUAAGCCGAACAAGUCAGUCAGUGUCAAAGACAAGAUGGACUGUGUUUUUGCGUGUAUCAACGUUCCCUGGUGUCGUUCGGUGAAUUUCCAGACCACGCCCCUUAAUAGCGGACUUUACUUCUGCCAGCUUUUAUCGUCCGAGCAAUUUGCACACAAGAAAUACAUGAAAAAGAACAGACUUUAUCUUCACUACAGUGUUAAGAAUCCUUGCCAAGAGAAUCCAUGUCGUAAUGGCGGUAAAUGCAUUCUCCAAGACAACAGGCAAGAAUAUCAAUGCAACUGCGCGAAAGGAUUCAAGGGAGAUCAGUAUGUCAAUGAAUGUACAGCAAGCCAGCACAACUGCCAUGCCAAUGCAAGCUGUUCUAAUACCGUGGGCUCAUUUACUUGUGCUUGUAAGCCUGGCUACCAAGGGAACGGUCGCUCGUGUUCAGAUAUCAAUGAAUGUACAACCAGCCAGCCCAAUUGUCAUGCCGAUGCCCUCUGUACCAAUACCGCGGGCUCAUUUUCUUGUGCUUGUAAGGCUGGUUACCAAGGAGACGGCCAAUCAUGUGCAGAUAUCAAUGAAUGUACAACAAGCAAGCACACUUGCCAUGCCGAUGCUGUAUGUAACAAUACCGCGGGYUCAUUURCUUGUKCUUGUAAACCUGGUUACCAAGGGGACGGCCGGUCAUGCUCAGAUGUCGAUGAAUGCACAGCAAGCCAACACAAGUGUCAUGCCAGUGCAAGCUGUUCUAAUACCGCUGGCUCGUAUACUUGUGCUUGCAAUCCUGGUUACCAAGGAGACGGCAUUUCCUGUUCAGAUAUCAAUGAAUGUACAACAAGCCAGCACAAUUGUCAUGCCAAUGCCCUCUGUACCAAUACCGUGGGCUCGUUUACUUGUGCUUGUAAGCCUGGUUACCAGGGAAACGGCCGAUCAUGUGGAGAUAUCGAUGAAUGUGCAACAAGCAAGCACAAUUGCCAUAGCAAUGGUGUCUGUACCAAUACCGCGGGCUCAUUUACUUGUGAUUGUAAACCUGGUUACAAAGGAGACGGCCGAAACUGCACAGAUAUCAAUGAGUGUACUACAAGCCAGCACAAUUGCAAUGCUAAUGGCCUCUGUACCAAUACCGCGGGCUCAUUUACUUGUGCUUGCAAGCCUGGUUACCAAGGAGAUGGCCAAUCAUGUGCAGAUAUCAAUGAAUGUACGAAUGGUUUCCACAAGUGCCCCAGUAAUGCAAGCUGCACCAACACUGUGGGCUCAUAUACCUGUCAAUGUGCAAGCAAUUCCUAUGGUUCUGUCACUGUCCAAACAAACUGUGCCAACUACUCUAGCUUUAGCAACUACUGUGGACGUAUAACAUCACCUGGAUUUCCUGGACGGUAUACUGACUUCCUUGUUUGCUACUGGAAG